ACACGCACACGGGUCACGGGCACGGACACGACGACAGCUCGGAAUCAGAAAAGCUUCAUCUUCAGCACCAGGCUCGCUCUUCUCUGCGUGGUGUGGGUCCCGUUGGAGCACGCCGAAGGAAAAAGCUGGCACCGCAGAGCACGUCGUGUAGACACGGAAUUUUAUUUGUUUUCCCGAAACCGUGUCUGACGUUUGUUGGAAGUGUCAAAAUCUUCGCACCGUUCGUUUGGUUCGGAUCAAACGCGGCAGAGACGCGCAUACUUCGCUGUCGGGAAGGGAUUGGGAUUGAUUGUGGGCAAAUGGUUGCAAAAUUCCGCUCAAUGUCCUCGCAAUGGCGUAAGCACAAGUCCACAGACCGCGGUGGUGAUUUUCAUUGAACAAUUGAUCGUUUGUUCCUUUGCCGGGUUCGGCUGAAAGUUCGGAUUGUCCGUGCCGGAGAGCUGUCAAAACGCAACAGGCGCCGCCGCCGCAGCGAAACGUCAAACGCUAAUCAGCCACUGCCGGGAACGAUUGCUGGAAACGGGACCGAAAACGCAUCACACACUUUUUGGCACGCAGGAAUACGACAUACGCGCCUAGCCAUGUUUGAAACACAAAUCAUCCACACCGAGCACAAGGACGUGAUACACGAUGUGGCCUACGAUUACUAUGGCCAGCGGAUGGCGACCUGCAGCAGCGACCAGUACGUGAAGGUGUGGGACCAGAACGAGCAGGGCGUGUGGAGCGUAACGGCCAGCUGGAAAUCACACUCCGGCUCGGUGUGGCGCCUGUCCUGGGCGCAUCCCGAGUUCGGGCAGGUGCUGGCGACCAGCUCGUUCGACCGCACCGUCUCGGUGUGGGAGGAGACGGUGGGCGAAAAGACAAAUCCGGCCAUGCCGCCGCUAAAGCGCUGGGUGCGCCGCACCAACCUGGUCGACUCGCGCACGAGCGUGACGGACGUGAAGUUUGCGCCCAAGUCGCAGGGCCUGAUGCUGGCGGCCUGCUCGGCCGACGGCAUCAUCCGCAUCUACGAGGCGCCGGACAUUAUGAACCUCUCCCAGUGGACGCUCUCGCACGAGAUCAGCGUCAAGAUACCGCUCAGCUGCCUCACGUGGAAUCCGUCCAUGUUCCGGCUGCACCCGCCAAUGAUUGCGGCCGGCAGUGACGACUCGUCGCAGAGCACCGGCGGCAAGGUGUUCAUCUUCGAGUACAGCGAGAACGCGCGGCGCUGGGCCAAGACGGAGACGAUCAACUCGAUCACCGAGCCGGUGCACGAUAUUGCGUUCGCCCCGAACGUCGGCCGGAGCUACCACAUCCUGGCGGUCGCUAGCAAGGAUGUGCAAAUUUUUAACCUCAAACCAAUCCUCGAUCCAACGGCAAACUCAAGACUGGAAAUACAGGCGGCCGCCCAGUUCGGGGACCACUACUGUACGGUGUGGCGCGUUACGUGGAACAUUACCGGCACCAUGCUAGCCUCGACCGGUGAUGAUGGGUGUGUUCGGAUGUGGAAAAUGAAUUAUUUGAAAAACUGGCGCUGCGCAGCGGUCCUCAAGGCAGAAAACUCCGAAUCGGCCCCGGAAACGUCGGUGACCGCUUCACUCAAGUCGAGCAUAGUGAAUGCAACGGCCAAGUACUACAAGCGAGGCACAAUCAGCCAUCCCGGGCAGGUUCCACGGCAUUAGCCGGCAUGCUGGAGACUUCCGUCGUCGUCGUCGUCGUCGUGGAGGUGUGGUACGAAAGGCGGAUGAAAGUUUGCGAUUACGGUACGAAUGGAAAUGUGUUCUGUUAAAUAAAUGCUACAAACCUAUUGUGAGAAUAAUAAACAUUCAACAAACAACAAA